AUGACGUGCGCAGGUACCGGUUACCAAAGCAACUGGAUCUCUGCGCUCCGCGGACUGGGAUCGCACGGCGGACUGCCACUGGGCAGUACAGCAAAAACCGGUUUGCCAGAAUCAACAGCUGUCUGAAGGUGUCAUCUUGUCUGCCAGGAGGCAGAACUUUCGGAAAUAGCUCUCGGAAGAUGAAAUUGAAGGCUGAAAAAUAAACCGGUAUAUUCAUUAUCGCAGAUAAUCGGGACCCAAGUUAUCCUGCACAGAAUUGGCUACACGCAUCAGUAGAGCUUAUGUGACAUGGCUGCUGACACGGCCAUAAAGACAGAGAUGGAAGAGCUGCAAAGACGGGCCAAUCAGGCUACAGACGAGUCCCUGGAGAGUACGCGCCGGAUGAUUCAACUUGUUGAAGAGAGUAAAGAUGCAGGGGUUCGAGCUUUGGUCAUGCUGGAUGAGCAAGGAGGACAACUGGAUCGCAUCGAAGAGGGCAUGGAUCAGAUCAACCAGGACAUGAAGGAGGCUGAGAAAAACCUUACUGAUAUGGCCAUGUGCUGUGGUCUGUGCAUCUGUCCAUGUGCCAAACUGAAGGACUUUGAGAUGAGUGGGGCCUACAGAAAGGUAUGGGGGAGCAACCAGGAUGGGGUUGUGUCCAGCCAGCCUUCCUCACGUGUGGUGGAUGAGCGAGAGAAGAUGACAAUGAGCGGUUGCUAUAUUAACAGGGUGACAAACGAUGCGCGAGAGGAUGAGAUGGAGGAGAAUCUGACGCAAGUGGGCAGCAUCCUGGGCAAUCUGCGGAGCAUGGCCUUGGAUAUGGGAAACGAAAUCGAUACCCAAAACGUUCAGAUUGACCGCAUCCAAGGAAAGGCUAUUGUCAACCAAUCCCGCAUCAGUGAAGCCAACCAGAGGGCUCACAAGCUCAUAGCUAGAUAAAUUGGGGAAAGAGAGUAUUCAUCUAAUCGAAAACAUACCGGUCUUCUGUCAUAAAAUCCUACCUAUUGAGACAUGCUAUCGAGACUUUCUGCGCAUGUGCACUUCAACCGUCUUGGGAUUAGGGUUAGGUUUUAGGGGUUAGGGUUAGGGUUAAGGUAAGGGUUUUAGGGGUUUUGGGGGGUUAGGGUUAGAGUUAGGGUUAGGGCUAUCGAUUAGCACUACGGUAGCAUUUUUCGACAAGGCAGCAUAUAUCGACAGAACACGAGCUCAUACACUUUUCCUGUCUUGCACACAAAUAUAUAAAUGAAUGUACAUUCACAUUCAAUAUAUCCAUAUUCAUUUUCUUCCUGCUCCUUUCCUCACUCACACACAUGUGAGCUUCCUAGGGUUACACACAGGAUAAUAACAAAGUCAAGAGACAAUAAAUGGGAGUAUGACGACAGAAAAUAAAAAUAUAAUUUUCUUUGGACUAUGACACAGGUUGCGAACAGCAACGGUUAAAGCUCCCUCUGGUGGUCAGGUAUUAUAUCGUCUAACCCUUAAUUCACUAUUCCUGGGGACUCUGUAAUGUAUGUAUACUAUUGCAAAGAUGGUUCUGAUCUUAGGUGAUUCUAAGCCCUAUUCAGGGCGUCCUCAGCCAACCCUUUUGGUCUCAACCCCCCUGAAAAAUUCUUUUUCUAUAUCGAUUUAGCGACUUUAUUUAUUUUCGUGCACAUCUAUGGGGAAGUCCCCCUUAAAGGUCACAUUCUAUCGCCCCUGGUUCCGAUCAUAAUUUAUGACAUUAGAGACGGGAUUUGCUUGCGCUGGUAUUAGACAUUAUUAUAGCCAAUUAAGUUUAAUAAUUCAUUAAGUUUCAUGCUGAUUUGUAACGAUUUUAUUGUUUUUCUUGACUAUAAAUGCGCCACAUUUAGUUAAUUUGCAUAUAUCGUUAAAAGUCGGUUUUAGAUCAGUGUUUUCUAAUAACAAGAUAAAGACAGCCGAUAAACCCGAUAAAGUGGUUCAAGCAAAAGCUGCACAGAAUCACUGAUUUAUCCAGAUCUCUCUCUUGUAUAUAAGAUCUAUUACAUUAUCAUAAAGGGGCAGCAUUGAUCAGCCGAUACAAGCUUAACAAUAUUUUUUGGCUGUGUAAUUAACCUGUCUUUUAUGUAGAUUAUAAAGCCAUAUUAUAUUUUAUGAGAAUUGCUGUUGAACCCAAAAUGUUACAUUUUAAAACACGCAAAGCUACGUUACAGCAGAAUAAGCGUAUUUGUAGGUGGUUAAAAUGAUAGCAUUUGUGGCCAGAAUGUGUGCUUUUCAUGUGUAAAUGGUAAAUUUUAAUGACUUUUAGAUAGAGAUGUUCUAAAUAUACCACACUUGUGCAGAAUUUUAAAUCAUAUUGGAUAUAAUUAUUAUUAUUAUCUGUAACUAAAAGUAGAAUGAAAGUAGAAUGAACACAAAGUUUUUCUUGUUUUGGCAGAACGGGGGCCCAUUAGCCCCAUAUUAGGCAACAUGGCUCCUCCUAUUGAAUGACCUGCGUCCUGUUCAUUGCUCUGUAGUAACAUCUCAUGCUAGCCGGGACUCUAUACAGUUGUAGGUGUAUAUAUAAUCUGAAAAGAUUUACACGUCACACAAAGAAGCCCUGAAAUUGAUGAGAAAUAAUACUGUCUGUGAAAUAUAUGCUGGUGAAAUGUGUUUUCAUCACGGCUUCUGCUUUGUGAAUUUCCCUUUAAAUGUAGAAAGUGUAGGAUUUACCACUUUUAUUGUAUUGUUGUUCUCAUUGUAACCAUUGAUUGACAACCUGUCAGAUGGUUGGCUGUUCUGUUCUUGUGGUAUAAGAUUUAGCUAAUAAAAUGUUU